AUGACGACUGAGAUAGCGAGCGCCACCGUCGUAACAGAACAAGAGAAAUUCUUGUGGAGAGUGGCUUUACACGAUAAGACUAGUCGACCUGGAUUAUUCUCUAAACCCGAAGAGCGAUCUCCACAGAGUAUUUACGAUAAAACGACCGUUUUGAAUCAGGGUAUAUACGAAAUACAUUUCUUCCAAUUUUCAGAUUUCACAUCAGCAGAUGUGACAAAUGUUGUGGGUUCUAGCAGUCACGGAACUCGGAACGAUGAUGGAUUCAAGGUUGAGUCCGAAAGGGAUUGUGUGAACAUCCUGGAAGCUCUCAUCCCGUUUCGUACCCCAGAUUCCUCUUCUAACACAGAAUUCAAUGGCAUCAAGAUUCGGAAUUUCAGCGAUUCAGCGAAUCACAACAACGAGCUAAGGCGAUGGAGAGAUACACUCAAUUUCAAUGUAAAAACUCCCAUCGACCUCUCGAGAGAAGGAACACACGUUAAUGCCAAUGGAUCAUAUACGAGUGAUAUGAAGGGCUUAGCAUUAGAUCUAUAUAAGGAUGAGAAGCUGGUAGAUACGGUGGAUGACAUAAGAGGGAAAUGUAGGGGUGUGACGGUCAUUUAUGGAGGCAGAUCCCAUUCGGGUAGAUCAUCUGAUGAGAUCAAAAUCCAAUCCUUCUUGAGAUCACUCAGCCAUGAGGAGGUAUCAUGGUGA